CCCGAUCUUCUAACCCUAACCAGGACGCUGUGUGAGGUUUUCGUGAGAAUUUUCAUUGCAGCAUUUUGCAUUUUUCUACCUCACUCCGAGUUUGCCAGUAUCGCUGCAUUCGGUUGUACGCAGGGGUUCGCUGGUGUGUAGCUUUUGUUUGGGUGGUAGUGGAGGAAUCAGCAAAGAGCCAUGGAGGCCGUCGACACUGUGGUGAGGCCUGUGAAGGACUUCGCCAAGGACAGUAUCCGGUUGGUGAAGAGGUGUCACAAGCCCGAUCGUCGAGAGUUCUCUAAAGUUGCGAUCAGGACAGCUCUAGGCUUUAUCGUCAUGGGCUUCAUCGGGUUUUUCGUCAAGCUCAUAUUUAUUCCUAUUAACAACAUCAUUGUCGGUUCUGGAUAGUAGAGAUUUUGGUGCGUUCUGUGCCUCGUAGAAACUCAUUCUACACUUGUAUCUCAGACGCAGACAUCAUAUGCUAUAAAUUAUGUAUUAGUGUGCCGAGUCACAUCUGUGAUUAACACUGAGUUUCAGUCUUUAGGUCCAGGAUAUAGUGUGUACUUUUCUCACACUAAGCAAAAGAAUUGAUUAAUUGCACAGUUUGGAAGGAUUGGGUAAUUGGUGUUCGACUUUUCGGGCGUAAGAGGACAAGCCAGUCUCCUUCGUUCUAUAAAAUAGCAGAUUUGCGAACAGUUCCACCAAUGUUUUUGACCUUCACUCAGUUUUUAGAGAAUUUUCGUGUCCGUGCUAUCCACCUUUCAGAUUGUCCUGAGCUAAUCCUGUAUCUGUAGUGUUAGUAAGCACAUGAGGCGUUAUCUCAUGAUGAUGAUGAUGAUGAUGAUGAUGACUACGGUUGCGUUUUUUGGUGCUCUGCAUCAAUAAUUUGAUCAGUUAGGAGUUUAUUUUAUCGUUGUUGUGGGCGUCCAAAUUGUAGGUAACUAGAGGAUGUGUGUAUUGACGAACAGGAGACAUGGUGCUCGAUGUCUCAGUAGCUAUUUAUGGGUUGCUGAUUUAGUUUCCCACGUAGUAGCUGGAAGUAUAUGUGCGAUCUGCACGAACAUGUAUUUAUUCAUUAAACUCGCCAUUGUAUUCA